AUGGAUCGGAUUAGCGGUCUACCUAACGAAGUUCGUUGCCAUAUAUUGUCCUUCCUUCCGACAAAUCUUGCUGCUUUGACAUCUGUUCUCUCAACGAGGUGGCGCAAUCUUCUUGCGUUUGUCCCUAAUCUUAACAUCACUUCUCAUAACAAGAUCGUGCAAUUAGAUGGUUUUUCUUACUAUGUAUUAUAUUGUGAUAUAUGCAUAAGGGGAAUAUAUGUGGGAACUAUGCGGAGCUUCAGGGGUUUUAUAGAUAGGGUAUUGGCAUUGCAGGGUGAUUCUUCCAUUAAGAAAGUCUUCCUCAAGUGUAUAAACCACAUUCAUCCAGAUCAUUUGGACCGUUGGAUAUGUAACGUGCUGCGUCGUGGUGUUUUAGACCUUGAAAUUUUUAUCGAUGAUGCAGAUGGUGAUGAUGAUUUUAAUUAUCUUCUGCCUCAAGAGAUGUUCGUUAGUAGGACACUAGUCAAGUUGAAAUUAGGCAACGUUGAAUGGUGGCCUGGAGCUGAAGGAACUUUUUUACCAAAGCUUAAAACUCUAGUUGUUAACGUUUGGGGUUGUUCGUAA